UAUAUUAAUGGAAAUACAGAGCUAUAAGUUAACACAAACAGCUCGUCGCAAUCUUCUACAAUCUAUACCUAUAAACAAAAGAUUUGUUUAUUCCAUAUCCGGCGUGCCGAUAUAAUCCAAAAUUUGCUCCAAGUUAAAAAAUUAUACAUUGGUAGACAGUAACUAUUUCAUUCCAAUAUGUCAUCAGAUAAAAAUGAAGCAGCCGAAGGAAAAAAACUCAGUGCUACCCAGCUACAAAGAAUGAAAAUUAAUAGGGAAAAGGCUUUACAACUUAGAAAAUCCAGAAUUGCUAAUGUAUCUGAUGCUGAAAAGGCUGUAACGCAAAAGGAAGUAAAGUCACUCUUACGUCCACGAGACACUGGAGCUGGAUUUUUUGCUGAUGAAGAUGAUGAUGACUUCUUUAAUACAGAUAACAUACCCUUGGUAACCCAGCCUGCUCCUUUGUUUGCAGGAGACAGACCUAUAUGUCUUGAAUGUAAUGAAGAGUUCAGUGAUUCUUAUCUACAAACUCAUUUUGACCAUCAUGUUUGCGACAAUUGCCGAGACAAUGAUGGUGCUCAUGCUUUAAUAAGUAAAACUGAUGCCAAAAAAGAAUAUCUUUUGAAAGAUUGUGAUUUAGAUAAGAGAGAGCCUCCGUUAAAAUACAUCUUAAGAAAAAAUCCUCACAAUGUCCACGGAAAUAUGAAGCUGUAUUUAAGACUUCAGGUUGAAAAUCGAGCUGUGCAAAUAUUUGGUUCUGAGGAAGCUAUAGAUGAAAAGAAAGAAUUACUAGAAGAAGCAUCUUUAAAAAGAAAGAAGAAAGCUUUUGAUAAGAAAGUCAAAGCUUUGAGGAUGGAAGUAAGAAGUAGUCUAUACAGAAAGAAGGAUAGCACUCAUACUCAUGAUUAUGGACCAGAAGAAUACAAAAAAGAUGAUGACAUUUAUGUCAAAGCUUGCAAUACCUGUGGUCACGAAGUUGAAUUUGAGAAAAUGUAAUGCUUUUAAUUUUUUAAAGAAAAGAAUCAGUUCGUUAAUAAUUACAUUCAAAUGUGAUAGUUUUUAAAAUAAAAGAUUUUAACCAUGUUAUUAAAUUUUGUGUAACAAAAUUGUCCAUUUUACUUUGUAUGUAUUUAUAAGUCAUUGUAUAUGAUUCGUCAAUCAUAUUAGAAUUUUACACAUUUUUAUUUUACGUUGCAUCAUAUUUCAAAGAUUAAAUUAGAGAACUUCCAUUAGAUGUUGAAUAUUAUAUGUUUUGUAAUUGAUAUUCUAGACAUUUUUGUAUUCAUAUGAGUUCUAAACAUUAUACAUUUGUGUUAAAUGUUUCUGUUUAUUUGCAUUAUGCUACCAAAGCUAUCAUUUUGCCGACAUUUUAUAUAUAUUUAUCUUGUUAGAUUAAUGAUUUUGUCAUUAAAUUGCAGCUUUUUUUAUUUUCCUUGAAAAAAAGAUUUCUAAGGACAAUAUUGAACAAAUUUUAAUUUUUUUAUUGUUAAAGUUGAAAGUAUUCUAACUAUAAACAAUCUUUUCUAUGUCUACAAAAUUAUUAGUGAGUUAAGUGUGGAUUUAUUUAAAAAAUAUUGUUUUUAUUGAUGAUUCUAUAAAUGUAUAUAUUAUUUCUGUUUUGUUGGUUUUUAUAUACUUAUAAAGAAAACACAAAUAAAUCUGGAAAGGGAUGAAAUAAAGGAAAAUAUUGCAUUGUAGCAUUAAUGGCAAAAUUAUUCUACUUUUUGAAUCGAAUGCACAUGUAACUAUAUGCAUUAUGAUUUAUAGAUGAUUUUAUUGUGUUACAAAGUAUCAUACAAAAAUGUUUCAUGUAACCAAAAGAAGGAAAAAAAACAAAAAUUGAAUCCAAAAUAAUUUUAAAACCUUUAAAUGAAUUUACUUUAUAAAUGAAAAUUACUUUAAAGCUAUCAAAAACAAAUUGAUUAUCUCAUAAUUCUUGUAAUAACUACUUUGUAAAUAAAGCAUUAUUUUUUAUUUAUUAGAUUUUAUUAUUGUAAUUUUCAAAUUAAAAUAGUUGUUCUAAUAUAUUUGUUAUUGUACCUUGUUAUUAGCUAUUGUAUGAAAAUUACUUUAAAGCCAUCAAUAACAAGCUAAUUAUUUCCCAACUUCUGUAAUAACUGCUUCAUAAAUAACGCAUAUAUUUAUUUAUUAGAUUUUAUUACAGUAAUUUUCAUAUUAAAAUAGUUAUUCUAAUGUGUUUGUUAUUGUACAGUGAGCAAAAAAAAAAAAAAGACAUCACGCCAAAUAACUUUAGUUCUAGUAAUCGAAUUUUCACAGUCUUAAUGAUUCGAAUAGUUUACUUCAAAUGUGCUAAUUACUUAAAGCUAAUUACAGUGUCAGACACAAAAAUGUACUGUGCGCCAAAAAAAAUGGUCCUUAUCAGUGUCCCUCAUAAACAUUCAUCAGGGUGAUCUGUUUUGUUUUUUGGCACACUGUACAUUCUCUGAAAAAGGAUAUCUAUUUUUCGGCGAAUUUUGAGUUAGACCAAUCAAGAAAGAAGAGUAUGUUCGUUGUUCUGCAUUAAAAGUAAAAUCUUGUAAACAAAGCUCUCUUCCAAACAAUAAUUUUUCAAAUUUGUCCUUAUUUAGAUCUAAGAGAAACAGUUAUUUCUCGUUUAAAUUUUCUUUAAUUUACAAAAUCAAUUAUUGAUACAUUUUUGAAUAUGAAUGGAAAAAAAAUUUUCCUACUUUUUUUAAUUUUAUAUUUUAGUACAAAUAUAAUUCUGAUAAUCUAACAGAUUUGUUUUAGUAAAUAUUCUACUGUUUCUUAUAGUUAAAUAGCGAAAUAUAUUUUUUUCUUGUAAUUAAGAGCAUCAGAGAAAAAAUUUGCAAAAAGGACCCCAAUGUCCCAUCUACGUCAAAGGGUUACAGCUUUAUGCUAAUUUCCUUUUUUCCGUAUUUCGACAUAUCUCAAGAGCUUCUAGGCGAAUUGAACAUUAUUGUGUACUAUUAUAAAACUCGUUUAUCCAAAAAUAGUUCCAUGCAAAAGAUUAAUUUUUUAUUAUUUAUUUUUAACAGGGGUGCAAACAUUUGUGAAUUGUAAUUUAUAUAAAUUUUUGCUUUGUUUUAAACUAAUGAAAUAUUUAAUUGACAAAACCUAAAAUUUAAACUAAGUCAGAUAGUUUCUGAGCUAUAAAAUUUUAAAAAAAAUUUGUAAUUUUAAAAAUAUAUAUAUAUUUAAAAAUAAUAAUAUUUUGUAUACCUGUACUCUGCUAAAAUUUAGAUUAUAAUUUGCAUGUAAAUUGCUUUUGUACAAACUUGCAAGUUUUUUUUCUUUUUCCAACUAACGCUAUUUUAAGUUUCCAGUUUAUUUAAAGAUUUAUAUUUUUUAUACAUAUUUUUUUUUUUCGGAGAAAAAAAUUCUGUUACAAUCAUGUUUUGGUGAACAUUUUGUUACACUAUUUAUAUUUCAAUUACCCAUAGUUCAUUUUUACUCAGGAAUUUUAUUUUUUAUCUUCUUUAUUUGUUCAUUUUUUGUAAAUUCAUACUUUAUGAGAUUAAUGUUUGAAUAUUGUGAAUAAAAAGAUUUCCUUUUC